AUGGCCGAAGGCCGAAAUAAUUUAUUCUUUAAAUUCUUCCGCUUCAUCCAAAAACAGAACAAGAUGCUUUUAUCAGAAUUACCUGACAUGAUUUCGUCUGGCUUUUCACUUCCUAACAUUCAUGAACUGUGUGAUCGAAAACAUUCUUCUCGUCGAAUUGACGUCAUUUUUCAUUUUCAUGCAAACACAGGUCGGGCGGUUGGUUUGGCUCUUUUUAUCGCACAAAAGAAACGAGCUUGA